AUGUUAUCCUCAUUGCUAUCUGUGACCGCGACUACCACAGUCUCUUCGGCCCUGUCCCUCGCGACAGGGAAAAAUAGUUCCGGCGAUGGUGGCGGGGAUGGCGAGCAUAAAUUCCAGGAUCAGACCAAGGGUCAGCGUGACCUGUUGACGCAGGUUAUCGUCAGCUGCACUGUUGGGUUUCUUGCAUUUAUGGGCUUUUGUAUCCUUCGACCGAAGUGGAGAGAACUAUAUGCUGCGCGGAGGAGGCUGAGAACGGCCGCGUCAAGAUUGCCUGAAUUGCCGGAUACGUUGUUUGGCUGGAUCCCGAUCGUCCAUAAGAUUUCGGACGAUGAGGUUCUCGCAUCGGCUGGACUAGAUGCGUUUGUGUUUUUGUCAUUUUAUACGUACGCCAUUAAAUUCUUGAGGGUGGUGUUCUUUUUCACUCUUGCGGUCAUCCUCCCGAUACACUAUAUAUAUACGAAUAAAUAUGGCUAUCCUUGGGACAUGCCGGAGGAUCAUAAAGAUGAUCCACAAAAGUCGAAGGCCAACCCGACAUACCUAUGGAUGCAUGUUGUGUUCGCCUAUAUUUUCACCGGCAUUGGAAUAUCCUUUCUCAUCGAUCACACGAAUAAAAUCAUCCAGAUCCGCCAGCGAUGCCUAGGUGCCCAAACGACGCUUACGGAUAGGACGCUUCGUUUGUCGGGGAUUCCUCCCGAAUUACGCUCCGAGGAAAAGAUUAGGCAGUGCAUCGAACAGUUCCAGAUUGGGAAAGUGGAUCAGGUUAUGCUCUGCCAGGACUGGAGCGAGCUGGAUGGCCUGAUGGAAGCGAGAAAGAAUAUUCUCCAGAAAUUGGAAGAAGCAUGGACUAAACAUGUUGGUUAUCGAUGGCAGAGGUCCGAUACCAGGGGAAACGCCUUACCGCUUGUUCAAACCGACCGGAUGGCAGCAACCUUCGACUCGAACGAAAACAGCGAGCGGUCCCGCCUGCUUUCCGCCGAGGAAUCUGCGCGAGCUCAUGUGUCUAGCUAUAACCUCAAGCGACCCACAACCCGCAUCUGGUAUGGCCCGUUAAACCUGCGGUUCAAAACAAUCGACGCAAUUGAUUUCUAUGAGGAAAAGCUGCGGCAACUCGACGAGAGAAUUGAGGAGAUUCGCAAAAAGGAAUGUGAGCCUAUACCUCUCGCUUUCGUCACCAUGGAGUCCAUUGCUGCUUGCCAGAUGGCUGUUCAGGCUAUUCUCGACCCUUGGCCCAUGCAACUGGUUGCGAACUUAGCACCUGCUCCUGCAGACGUUGUUUGGCAACACACAUACCUGUCUCGGCGUAGCCGGAUGCUGCGAGGCUGGUCUAUCACAUUGCUCAUUGGGGUACUCACCGUGUUCUGGUCUGUGCUCCUGAUCCCGCUUGCCUACCUGCUCAAUUUGGAGACCAUUGAAAAGGUGAUUCCGAGUCUUGCGGAUUUUCUUUCACGACAUGCCAUAGCCAAAUCUCUUGUGCAAACCGGUUUGCCUACCCUCAUUCUUUCCCUAAUGACAAUUGCCGUUCCAUUUAUUUAUGAUUGGCUGGGCAACCUUCAAGGCAUGACAUCUCAGGGAGACGUCGAGUUAUCUCUUAUCUCUAAGAAUUUCUUCUUUACGUUUUUCAACCUCUUCCUCGUCUUCACGGUCUUUGCAACUGCCUCCAACUUCUACCGAUUCUUCGAAAACCUCCGCGAUGUCUUGAGAGAUACGACCACGAUUGCCUUAGCUCUCGCUCGCUCUUUGGAAACGCUUGCCCCCUUCUACACCAACCUGAUCGUCCUCCAGGGCUUAGGGCUUUUCCCCUUCCGUCUUCUCGAAUUUGGCAGUGUGUUUCUUUAUCCAUUCCAACGCUUUAGCGCGCGCACACCCCGCGACUACGCCGGCCUCGACAAGCCCCCCACGUUCAGCUACGGCCUUGCGCUCCCACAAACAAUCCUCAUCUUCAUAAUCACUGUCGUGUACAGUGUCUUCCCCAGCUCGUACAUCGUCUGCCUCUUCGGCCUCAUCUACUUCUCCAUCGGCCGCUUCAUCUACAAAUACCAACUGCUCUACGCCAUGGAUCACCAGCAACACAGCACCGGCCGCGCAUGGCCCAUGAUUUGCUCUCGCGUCAUUCUAGGCUUCAUCGUCUUCCAACUGGCCAUCAUCGGUACUCUUGCGCUCCGAACCGCCGUCACACGCUCCAUCCUCGUCGUCCCCUUACUCGUCGGAACAGUCUGGUUCUUUUACUUCUUCUCUCGCACCUACGACCCGCUCAUGAAAUUCAUAGCGCUACGCUCCAUCGACCGCUCCCACGCUACGGUUGAUCAGGAUGAAGUACUCACACCUAAUUUAACAAUUUACCCGGCUUCACAGUGGGAUCGAGAUGCUGUCCCUCUCCGUUUCCGCGGUCAGGACCUUGCGUCCAAGUUGAAGAAGUAUGUCAAUCCAAAUUUGGUCGUGCCUCUUGACGAACCGUGGAUUCCGGGACGGGCAGCCGCGCAUGCGAUUAUUAAUUCUCCUGAUACGGGUGGUGAUACUGUCACCGAAAGUAGUCACCAUGAUAACACUGGUACACGGACGAAUGGGAACGGGAUCCGGAGGAAUAUGGGGCACUAAAUCUCUUGAUUUGAAUAGAAGGUUAUUGUCUAUACAUACAUAUACGUACCUAAGUACAUCGACUAUAUAGAAUCGGACUUGUGAUCAGGAUCACUGGGCGACGAGAACCGAAGCUGAUAUUGGGAUUGGAUCGGUAUUAUUUAUCUUUAUGCUUGAGAUUUUAGAGCUGGUGUUAGGUAUGACGGUUUUUGAUAUCAUUUUCCUUUUUCUCCUUU